AUGGAGGCAGCCGGCCUAAUGGAUAAUUUUCCAUGUCUAGUGAUUCGUGGAAUCUGCGACUAUGCUGAUUCUCAUAAGAACAAAGACUGGCAAGAGUAUGCUGCUGCCACGGCUGCUGCAUACGCUAAAGAGGAGCAGCGUGACUACGGCUUGGAAGCUUAUGUUUUAAGUGCGGACGAGUAG